ACGGGAACGGGCUGCUGGAAAACACGUGAAGGAAGCCGAAAUAUAGACAGUGUGAAUCACUGUACGCUUCCUUCAAACCGUGUGCAAGGGGAUUAACAAGCAACGUUCCCUACUAAUUAUAUAUCCCUGGACUUUCCACACUUCCAAAAGAGAUUCAGAACAUUGAGUGGAUCUGACACUUUGGGAAAAAUCACCAAGUCUGGUGUGGUUGUGGUAUUUGAAAAAAAGAGCGAUUGGCAAACCGAGUGUCAACCACAAAGAAGAGAAACAGAGAUUCAAAGCAGUUGAAACCUCAUAUUGAAGAUGCAAGAAGACCCAGUGUACGACUAUCCUGAAGCUCGGCCUGUAGGGGACAGACGCGCAUGUCCACAGAGAUCCCUGAGGAGCAUCAGUGUACUGGACCGGCUCUUACUGACGCACCCUGUGUGGCUCCAGCUCUCUAUUAACUCAGCUACAGCUUUACACAUUCUGCGGCGAGAGCCUCCUGGGACCUUCUUAGUGCGCAAGUCCAGUACAUCACAGAAAAAGAUGCUCUGCGUCCGGCUGGCAGACGACAGCAUGCCUUCCUUUCUCAAACAGGUCUUCAUCCGAGAAGAGGACUCGGCCUUCUCUUUGGAAAGUUCAGCUAUCAGUUUCCCAGACUUGUGCAGACUCAUUGCCUUCUACUGUGUCAGUCGGGAUGUUCUUCCUUUCACUCUGGAGCUGCCUGAAGCAAUAGCCAAAGCUUCCUCACACAAACAGCUGGAGUCAAUCUCUCACAUGGGUGUGGAGUUCUGGAGUUCCCAAUUAAAUGUGCGGGGUCCUCGUAAUGAACCCCCUGCUGCUGAAAAACUCUUGCCCCCAACUGAAAACACACAGGACUGCAUAACGCCCGUCAACCCAAACCCCACCCCGUUCCAGGAGCUCUGUCCAAUCCAAACACGGAGUCCCUGUGAGCUGAAUUAUGGGGGAGGCAAAGGUUUAUGUUUCAUCAACCCCCUCUUCCUACAAGACUACCCAGGUCGCAAUGCUAUGCGCAGGCGUCAUCAUUUUAAAACCAGCAUAAAGGUUCGGGUCUCCACUGAACACUCCAGCUCUCUGUCACCACCUGUUGUCCCACCACCUCCACCGCCAUUACUGGCUAAAGCCAAAUGCAAAGCAAGGUUGAAGAUGACCCCACCUGUUGGUGUUCCGGCUGGUCAGGAAGCCAACAAGAACACUGAUCAGGAAGCCACAGAUUAUAUGCAACCAAAUGUGGUGUUACAGAAGACGACAAUGGUCUCACCUACUCUUUCUCCUACUGCUGAAGAUGACUAUCAGAUGCCCAGCUCUCUUCUGAAGGCACAGCCAAUAGUCAUGGAGCAGAAAAAACAAGUCAAUGAAGAUGAGGAAGAAGGGCUGGUGCUGGAACAGCAGCACGCUCCGUCCCUCAGUGAACUGGACAGCAGCACUUCACUUAGCAGCCUGGACGAGAUUGAAGAGAGUCCGGAGCGUCCUCCGCUUGUACGAGGCACUAGUAACCCCGUUAUGCCACCACCAAAGAAGGCCAUGUCUGCCCUACGCAAGAUGAGUGCUGCUUUCAUAUCCUUUUUUGCCCCAGAGAAGCGAGUGGCACGGAUGGUGGAGGAUCUGUCUCGGGAUCGCCGCAUGGCUUUUGGCACUCUGGUUCAGGACUUCCUGAGGCAGCAGAGAGAGGCUCUGAAGCCGCAUUGCUUGACCUCUGCUGUUCAGCUGUUGCAGCAUCUGCGUCUUUUCAUGAAUCAGGCAAAAGCUUUCCUUCUGGAGUGUGGAGAGCUUGAACCUCCCAUUGAGACUCUUCUAACUGAGAAUGAGAAAGACCAAGCUCUGGAGAAGGCCAUGUUUCGCUGUAUUCUUAAGCCUCUGAAGCCUCAGAUUGAUGCGGCUCUUAAGACUCUGCACAAACAAGAUGGUUCCUUCCAGAGAAUGAUGGACAGCUUGCAAAGAGCCAAAGCUGCCUCACCCCAGAAGCUCUUUGGAGUUCAAGCAGGUGUUCCUGAUGCCCAAGGCAUUGAGAAAAUUAAACACAAACUGACUCUAAUGCAACGGGCUUACUCACCCAUUGACAAAGUGCUGCUACUUUUGCAAACCUGCAAACUCAUUUACAAAGCCAUGAAAAACAAAUCAGGUCAGGAAUUUGGAGCAGAUGACUUCCUGCCUGCUCUCUCCUACGUGAUGGUGCUGUGCAAUAUGCCAGAGAUCUUGCUGGAAGUGGAGUAUAUGAUGGAGCUGUUGGAAAGCUCUUGGCUUACAGGAGAAGGGGGUUACUAUCUGACAAGCGUUUAUGCCAGUCUGAGUCUGAUUCAGAGUCAGCCAGAAGAUCUGCCACCCAACGGCCUCACAAACCAGGCCAGAGAGUCUUUGAAAGAAUGGAGUCGACGUCGAAGCAAUGAAACCACAAAUCAGAAAGACAACAGAUUGCACCAGAAGUUCGUGAAGGUGCUGUUUCAAGAUGGCGACAACAGCGUGGUGAAAACUCUAAUGUGGAAGACCGCAUUCAACGGUGAGGCUAUGGCUCAGCUCUGUGCGGUGAAGUUUGGAGUGGGCCGAGCAGAGGAAUACAGCCUAUAUUGCAGGAGAGAUGGAGUUUUAACACCUCUUCCGCCUGACACACACAUUCAAGACCUGCAGAGCAUGGGUGUGAGUGGAGUUCCCCUAAUUUACCAGGCAUCCCAUCAGGACGAAAGGUCCCAGAAGCUGAACAGAGGGGGUGCAGUGGAUCUCACAGAGGUGGUUUUGUAAUGUGGGACUUUCUCUCAGACACCACAUGUAGGUCUAAGCAAUUCAUUUCAUACAGCACACAGUUCCUUACUGAAAGGAAAUCACCAUCGUAAUAAGCUCAUAACAGAGCUCAAAAACAAUUGAGCUUUUUCUUCGCUUAAUUCAUGUUGAUUGGCCCUAUUUUAAGUCUGAAACAUUUUAAAUGCAUUAAUAUGCCAACAUAUAGCUUAACCAGAGUUCGAGUUCUGACUUGUGGACCUUUCCCAAUCCCAUCCCUCUAGGGCUGGGCGAUAUCUCAAUAAUUAUUUUCCAUAUUGAACGAUAAUGAUAUAUUUUUCGAUAAAAGUUGUCAAUGCCAGACUUAAAUCAGUAUCCCAAUAAUAACUGAAGCCACAAAAAGUAGAGAGUCCAUUAAAUGGCAUAACAUUUUCGGCCGAAAAUUCAGUACAUCUCUAAUAUCAACAUACUUUUAGAUUCCCAUUGUUGCACAUUUUUGCUUUGUGAUAGGCUCUUAGAUCAAUGUAGAGUAAAAAAAAAAGGUCUAGCAUUUUAACAUUAUUAUUGACCAAUUUUAUCGCAUUUCGAUACAUUAUCGUUUAACGGCUCAGCCCUACAUCCCCGCUUUACCCACUGUCAACAUACUGUCUUCCCAUAAUACAAAAAAGAAAUGAAACCCAUACAAAAUGGCUGCUACUCACCAUACUAUCCUAAAUUAUGCACAUUUUGUUGAAACAUUUGAAUUUAAACAGUCACCUGAAAUCAUACAUUCGGCUUGAAGAUUAAAAAGAAAGGCUAAAUGUCCCAUGAAGUGCUUUGAAAUGUACAUUUUCAAUCGAUGUUUGAUGUAAUCUCAACUGAAACAUGAAGAGGGUGUGGGACUGAGUAGCUCCUUCCCUUUUUAUCACAGCUCUCUGCCAGCGAGAGUGGUUGAACUCAAGCAUCUUGACAGGGGUGGGAUAUGUUAGAUACUUGAGACCAUUUGAUUGGGCAAAAUUUGAUGAGAAACUGAAGUAUGAGAUCUUGUGAAAAAAAUUGUUGACCCAUUUAGGCGGAAGUGACAUACUGCAAGCUUUAGAUGUUUAUAUCAUAUAAACAAAUUUUGACCAUUUUGGAGAACACUAGCUUAUAGAUAUUCUUAAAACUAAACAUACUAACUUCUAAAUAAAACUUUAUUUUUAUUUCAUAGAAACUUUAAAGGCUCAACAGUCUCUUACCACAGCAUUUGGCCUAGUUUUGCAGCUAGCGGAGCAGAAAUUAAAAGACUCCAUUUCUGUUGAUUCCUUUCAUGUUAGUAUUAGAUCUAGAAUUAGAUCUAUUAGAUCGAAAGAUGAGAAGCCCAUAGAAACUGAUGACCGUAGACCCUCAAAAGACCACAUAUGGGUUAAAACACCAGAUGUAAACCGUAAUGUUUCUCCCUUGUCUCUUUAUCAUCAACUAAAACAACACUGUUUACCCCGGCUAUUAAGGUCUGAAGUUUACACUCUCAUAAAGGUUCUUCAUUACUAUCUAUAUUUGGUUACAAAAUAUGUUCAUUAUAAAACUGCUCCUGAUACAUUAAGUAGUUCUCAGAAAAAAAAUCUUCAGUGGCACUGCUACAAAAAUACCAUUUAUCUUCAAAAGUCUGAAGUGUAAGAUGGAGUUUUAUUGGUAGUGUUAUUGAUGCUGUUGUGUAUGAUAAUAUUGAGUUAAAUUAUUUUGUUUAUAUAGUCAUUUCUUUUUGUUGUUUUAUUUGUACUCUUCUUAUAGCUUGGUUAUUAAUGAUUGGAUUCAGUUUAAGCGUUUUGUACUUCCUUUACUUUUAUAUGAAGUAAAAACUGUGUCAUUGAUGUCAAAACUGAUGUAAAAACUGUGCUUCAAAAAAAAGAGUGUGUCAAUAACAAAUUAUGGACAUUUCUCAUUCAUAUAACAUCAGUAUUAAGUGACUGGAUAUUUAUUCUGUUGUCUA